UUAUGGUUAGGCUUACAAGAUUUUGUAGUCAGAUGAAAGUUUAGGAUAGGGAUGUUAGAUGUGGUGUUUCAUUUCGCUGCAAGGAAAAUGUUUUCUAUGUCAUAGUUCCUAGUUAAUGUCUUUUUACAUAGUUUAUUAACAUUUGUUAUGUUCUGCUUGAACACUGGUUGUUAUAAUUCAAAAUACAUUGUUUAGAAAUUUAGGGUGUGUUCUCAUUUUUCAACGAAUGUAACUUGUUCUGUAGUUGUAAGUAAGUAGUACGAUAACCAAGUUCGGCUUGCUAUAGUAGUUGUGGUACCCUUGUAGUAGUAUUACAAGUGUAUACUGUAAAUAGGGACAGUAGAAGUUUUAUUUACAGGUUGUGUAACUAUAUUAUAUCACAGUGGGUUUGUUUGAAACUUACGUAGCAGAAAUAAGAAAAAUUUUGAAGACUAUUUGAAGCAGAAUACAAUUCCAAACCACAACGUGUAUUUUUUUUUUUAUUUUUUCAUUUGACCACGUAAACCGAUAAAACUACUAGAUAACUAAAACGUGUGAAGAAUUGAACUUCGAGGCAGCAGGAGAGAAUGCAAGCAAUAAAGUGUGUUGUUGUAGGGGAUGGUGCUGUUGGUAAAACAUGUCUCCUCAUCAGUUAUACAACUAAUGCCUUCCCUGGUGAAUACAUACCUACAGUAUUUGACAACUACUCAGCAAAUGUUAUGGUUGAUGGAAAGCCAAUUAACCUUGGUCUGUGGGAUACAGCAGGACAGGAAGAUUAUGAUAGAUUAAGACCUCUUUCUUAUCCACAAACUGAUGUUUUUCUCAUCUGUUUCUCUUUAGUAAAUCCAGCAUCUUUUGAAAAUGUUCGAGCAAAGUGGUAUCCUGAAGUGAGUCAUCACUGUCCCAACACUCCUAUUAUUCUGGUGGGUACCAAGUUAGACUUGAGAGAAGAUAAGGAGACCAUUGACAAACUGAAAGAUCGCAAGCUGGCUCCAAUCACUUACCCUCAGGGUUUGGCAAUGGCCAAAGAGAUCGGAGCCGUGAAAUACCUUGAAUGUUCAGCACUCACACAGAAAGGAUUAAAAAAUGUAUUUGAUGAAGCCAUUAGGGCUGUGCUUUGUCCCCAACCUAAGCCAAAGAAAAAGAAGCCUUGUUCUCUGCUCUAAAAUUUCAGAUACACCAGUCUGUUAAAUUUUAUUGUUCUUUUGUAUUGAUUUACUGUACGGGUUAGUCCCAGCUCUGAAAUUGGUGGAUGUAUUUUUUCCUGUUUUUAUAAAUGACACUAACUACACACACUGUGAUGACACUGUGUUUGUCUAAUAUGGCUUUUUAAAAUGUGAAAGAAGCAGUUAGCUGAUAGAGGUAGAAUACUGAAGCCGAAAUAUUACUUUUUCUUAAUAUUUCUUAACAAGACUGAAAUAAAGUAUCAGGUACUAAAAGCUCUGUGUGAUAAUUUCUAUCCCAGUGAGCUGUACUUAACUAAAGGCUUCAGCUUAGAAAAAAAAUACACGUUUGUCUAUUUAUGUAAGUAUCAGCCUAGUUAAGAAAAAAUCUGAUUACUGAGAAAUACUUAUAUAUAAUUGUAAUUACAAAUUUCUUUCAGAGUUUUCUUUUUGAAUACAUAAACUUAGAACUGUUGAACAAAAUGUAAUAUAUAUAUCAGUGCCUUGUUUGUUUUUCAUGUAAAUUAAGACAAGUUGCAAACUUAAAGUUGGUUAUCAAUUUCCCUAACUGGUUGAACAUUUUUAGAUGAUUUAUUUAGUUAGUAGUAUUAAUAAUAAACAGCUUUUAAUCAAUAAGCAUUAUUAAUUGCAAAAUAAUUUAUGUAGGAUAGUGAAGCCUAUCUGUAGAGACCACCUGUAGCUAUGUUAGUUGGUGUAUUCUAUUUAUUGUGAAAAAUGACCAUUUUGAUUCUAAAAGUAAAUCUAAAAAACAAAAACCAAAAAUUCACGAUUUGCAGUAUAAAAUAAGAAGUAACGGUGACCAUUUGAUUUUUAACUAGACUGUUUAUGUAAUAAGCAGUGCAUGAUUGUAUACAUAGUUUGAACUAAAUGUAAAAAAAAAGAAUGCAAUAUAUAAAUUGUACAACUGACCAUAUCAGAUGCACUUUGUGAUAACACACUUUAGAUGUAUAAACAGUGCAACAUGCAUUGUUUGGCAGUGUGCACAUACUGUAACAGGGGUGCUGAAAGUAAAUUUAGACUUAUGGAAAUUUUCAUUCUUUAUACUAAUUUUAAUUAAUAGACAGCAGUGGUACCAUAACAAAAUUUGGUAGCCCUACUCCAAAGCUUAUAGUGCACUAUUACAUUUCUAAAAUAAGUGUUUCACUGUGUAUGUUUGCUGUCCAUUGUUACUUGCAAUACAAGUGACAACAGACAUACCUGAAAAAUAAAUUACAGCAUGAUACAAAAUGUGCCAAUCCUUAGUUUGAAACUAACCUGAUGGUGGCAAUAAUUAACCAUCAGGUUAUAUCAAUGGGCAAUAACAUUGUUCAGUAACAAAAAUAUUCAACAGAAGCUUCAAAAAACUUUAGUGACUAAAUUAUUGGUGGACAAAUGCUUCACCAAUUCUGGUGCCCUGGUGUAAAACAUCAUGCACUGUAUACAUACUGUCAAUACACUAUAUUUUAACAACAGACUAUAAACUAAACUCCUGUAUACACAUGUAUUUUAAAAUUUUAUUGAAAGAAUAAACUAUAAAAAAGAGGAAAUAGUUAUUUUUGUACUAAGCCUAAAAUAUUAUUUAUUAAUUCAUAUUUCACUCCUGCCCUUUGGGUGUAUUUUAAUUUUUGUAAGUCUGUGAGUGUUAAGACAAAUCUGUGAAUAUUGUAAUGUACUGAUUAAAAUGACUGUUCUUGGACCAACCAUGGUAACAAAUACGUAAUAUGGCAAAAUAACAAGCAGACCAGCCUGAUGCUUGCAUUAAUAACAUGGGUGUGAGCCUGCUGUCUUGUAUAAUUUAGUAGGCCACUGAUAUUUGAACAGAGACUUAACGCAGUGAGUGUAUAAUUGUAUAUACAUAAGAAGUUUCCAUCAUUUUCAGAGACACCAAAGGAUGUAUGAAAGUUGGAGGGAAAAAUCACCAAGCUUUUUUCCAUAAUGAUGCUUCAAAAGAGAAAUAUUCCAAAUUUUUUUAAUAUUUGUAAAUGUUUUAUUUUUUGGCUAACACAAAUAAUAAAGUAUAUUAUUCUAUUUGAAGUUGAGCUAUCACUUAAAUAUAUUCGUGUACAUAAAUUUUCAGGGUCUGACUUUCUGAUGAUAUGACGUGUUAAUAAGUGUGAAAUCCACAUUCUAGGAUAUGUUGCAUAUAGUCCACAGAAGACCCAUAUCAUUGAAACUUGGCUUUUACAAAAAUAAAUUUUUCAGUUUUAAAUUAGAUGUAGCCAUGCAUAAAUAUCACCUUGGACAGAUCUUGGAUAUUGACCAGUAUAACAAAGAUGAUCUCUACAGAUGUGGCUGCUAUACUGUUCAUGCAUCAGUUUAGAAAUUUAUUUGUACACAUAUAGGUACUUUUUGUCACAGUUUGUGUGUGGAGAUUGUUUUUAUGUACCUAGAUGUGUUUAAUGUUAUUCUACAAUAUUGAAGCUUUUCUUUCAAUGACAAUUUUAAACAUGAUAUAAGGGGUGUAAGUAUGUUAUUAGAAAAUAUUAAAAGCUUUCAGAAGAGAGAUGUUUCCUUGUACACAGAAACAUACUUUUGGAGAAUGUACAUGCACAAAUCUAAAUAUUACAUUGUGUUUACUAUUGCUUGCCAGACUGUAAUAAAAAUGGUAAGUAAUUGUACAAGUCUGUCAGAGAGAAGUGUUUAGUAAUUCUGAUUUUAUGACCUACUAAUAAGAGAAAGGAUUGGCCACUUGAGAUCAAACAACUACAGAUUAAUGUCUGUUGCCACUAUUUAUUUACUGAAACAUGUUGGGUGUAUACAGUUAACAACAAAAUGAUGGAUGAAAACAAUUAAAAAAUUCAAAAACAAGAAUGGGAAAAAAAGUUGCUGUUCAAGGUAUUAAAUAUAGUACAGUGCAUAUGUGGCUCGGUACUAAUCCCAUGAUAACAUAACUUGAAUUAUAUAAUUUCACAUUUUGUUGGUUGUUAAAAGUUGAAAAAAAACAAAUGUUUAGGUAUAUUGUUCAGUGUCUUUCGUGGUGUUCAGGUUUGUACAUAGUUUGAUGUUGGCUAGUUCAUUCUUCACAUAAAGGGUAUUAAUUAAGCAGUCAUUACAGAAAUAACUGUGGAUUCAAAUUGUUUAGUUUUGAUGCCUUGUAAUAAAGAAAACUGAACAUUGGAUUUGAUUUAUUACACAUUAGUAAAAUGUGAUGGUUAGUGUUUUUUCAAAGUGGAAAAAAUAACAGCUGUUAAUAAUACAAAAAUUUAUUUUGUAGUCGUUUUGCUAUAAACUAUUUAAACAAUGAAUUUGUCUUCCUUAUUUCCAGUCAAAUGUUAAAAUGCUACCAUACAGUUCUUGUAUAAUUGUACAUGAUAUCGUUUUUAAUGUUACAGUCAUGAAAAUCAAGGAACGUUUGGCUUGAAGCACAUUUCAUAUAUUCCUUUUUAUACUAUAACUGGCUACUGGAUUUACAGUAGUCAUUUCAGAACUUAAAAGUUUGAUGAAAAAUAAAAUCUGUGAAAAACCUUAUUCACGAGGGAAUAAACUGUGUGUACCAGGGCCAGAACUAAGGUAGAUUGUGGAAACACAAAUUUAUGUUAAUUAUUGAAUGUAAAUCUUAUUUCAAUUUUUGGUAGAUUAAGUUUUUAAAUAUCUAUUUGUGUAGUUGAACUGGUGUUUGGAAUCUUUUUUUAAAGAUACCUAAUUGAUUUUUUUUCUAGUAAUAUUGACAGUUUAAUAUGUGAAAGAAAAGCUAACUAGUAUUGUGAUGUGUUUCUUAAUUAAGGUUCUAACUAGUACGUACUUUUUAACUUGGGGAUGGUAGAUUUUUGUUGUUGCUUUUGUUUAGUUUAUUAAACAAGCUUUUUCCAAAUCAAUAAAAUGAAAUGUGUGAA